GCGGGCGCCGGGCCCCUGCGGCGGGAUGGGGCGGCUCGGGGCCCGCCGCCUCGUCCUGCUCGCCGCCUGCCUGGGGCUCUGCGGGGCGCGCGGGGCGCUCGGAGCAUCUUUUUAUGGUGAAAGCUACGUGGAGCUCAACAUCAUAGAAGUUUCAUCUGAGUUCUCUCUUCAAUUAAAAUUUCAAACCAGCAAACCACAGGGAUUACUUUUUCUUGCAGCUGGAAAGAAUGACUACUGUAUAAUAGAACUGCUAUCAGGAAACUUACGGGUGAGGGUGAAUUUGGGUGUAGGCAAACAAGUACUCCUUUCUGAGCAAAGACUUCAUAUGGAUGACCUGGUUUGGCACUUAGUGGAACUGUACUGUUUUAAAAACAGUAUCUCUCUGGUUAUCGACAAACAUUAUGAGACAACUGGCCAGAUCGCUGGUGGGAUGCACAAUUUGCACUUUCAACAUGGAAUCUAUAUAGCAGGCCAUGGUGGACUUGAUGUCGCUUACCUAGAUGAAGAGCUCCCCAAUUUCCGCGGGUGUAUGGAGGAUGUGGUAUUUAACCAGAGGGAGAUCCUUGCAUCCCUUAGAUCUUACCCUAGUUUUAAGAAGGUUUAUGAGGUGUCACUAGGAUGCAGUGAUGAAUUUUUUGCCGGGGAGGAUGAAGCCAUCAAUUUCUUUAGCUCCAGAUCCUAUGUCACCUUCCCAGAAUGGAGGGUGCAAGGGGAAGGGCUGUUGGAAUUUGCUUUGCAGACUGCAACUCAACAAGCUUUGCUUUUAUUUCAGUCAGGAAGAGAAGGAAAUUUUGUUGCUUUGGAAAUAGUUAAUGGUCUGUUGAAGGCUCACGUAGGAAGGAGCAAAAGUAAUACCCAGCUCUCUUCUUUUAGCUUAGUUAGUGACAACAAGUGGCAUGUUAUUCAACUCAAAUUCACUGGAGGGUAUCUGGACCUGAUGGUGGAUGAGCAAGCGGUAAGAACACUACUGCCUUUGCAAAGCAAGUCAUUUGUCUCAGAAGGCCCCCUCUUUGUGGGAGGUCUUGAUAACCAUAAGGGAGAAGAAGUUAAGAAGUUGGAACUGGCCUCCGUGCCCAGGAAAUCUGCUCGAGGAAUCUCUUUCAAAGGGUGCUUAAGAGGCUUGGAGGUCAACUCAGAAAAGAAAGCAUUGAAGAGUGCCCUUGUGUCCAAAGAUAUAGCUGUUGGGUGUAAAGUGCAGAGUAGUGAUAAUGAAAACCCUUUCAUUAUGACAACAGAAUACCUGCAUCCAUCAGAAGUUCCCCUUUCCACUGUAGUCCCUGAGGCAGGCAAGCCUUUUAUUCACCAUGCGAGUAGCUAUUUCUUGAGUCUGAAUAACUUGGAGGUCCAAGAAGGUGGGCGAGCCUUUCUGGAACAAAGGCAUAUGAAAGUGGAUGUGGCAUCCGAAGAUUUGGGUAUCCAUCAUUCUCAAAUACUAUUUAAAAUAGAGGAAAUGCCCCUGCAUGGGUUCCUUCAAAUCGAUGUUUCCCCUGCGCUGGGAAUGGAGAAGGCUUUUACUAUGUUAGAUUUGGGGCAAGGAAAAGUUUGGUAUGUCCAUGAUGGUUCAGAAGAACCUAGGGAUUUUUUCACAUUUUCAGUCUCUUCCAACAGCAAGAAGGAAAUGGCAUUACGUCUGCAAGGACAUGUGCCAUAUGUGUUUAACAUUACUGUCCUUCCAGUGAAUGAUCCCCCAUACCUGAAGCUCCCUGAAGGAAACAUGCUUCUCCUGUUUGAGAAUUCUAAGAAACGACUGACUCCGAAUAUCAUACAUGUGUCAGACCCUGACACAGAUCCUUUGAGUCUUAGUUUCUCUGUUCUUGGCAACUUCAAUUUAGAUGCUGGGUUUUUAGAAAACACCAAUCAUCCUGGGAAAGCCAUCAAUAGUUUUACGCAUGGGGAUUUAAGAGAUGGCAACAUUUUCUAUGUGCACAGAGGUCAUCGGAACUCCCGGAUCCUUCUGCGAGCAAGCGAUGGAGAGCUGGUUAGCAAUACGGUAGUGUUACGGGUCAUGGCUGUUCCUUGGGACUUUGAAGUGGUCAUUAGAACCGGUGCAGUCGUCCAGCAGGGUGGCGCGGUUCUGAUUACACAGAGUGACUUGUCGGUGGAGGUUAAUGGUGAACCCCACGAGAUGGAGACCCGCUAUGCUAUCACUCAUCCACCCCAAUUUGGCCAGAUUCAGCGGCAGGGAUCAAGUGGUGAAUGGAAACAAGUUAGUACCUUUUCUCAGCGUUCCAUCGAUCGGGGUCGGGUCCGGUACCAUAGUACAUUUCGAGGAUUACAGCUAGAAAAUAUUACAGAUCACUUUAAAUUUAAAGUUAACAUAGAAGGAAAAAUCAGUGAAGAGCUGAUGUUUCCUAUUACCGUCCACUGGCUUAAGGUUAUACUUCUGAAAAAUGUUCCUCUCAAGGUCAAUAAAAUAAGCAGACAAAUACUGAACUCUGAUCAUUUGCAGGCUGUGACGGAGGGUGUGGACGUAACUCAGAGAGAACUGCAUUUUAAGUUACUGACCCCACCUAAGAAAGGAAAAUUGCUAGUUGGCAAUAAAAUUCUAAAAACAAACUCCAUCUUCAGCCAACAAAACAUUUCAGACUCUAAGAUAAGUUAUGAGCCACAGGAGAGGCUCAGGGAAGACACACAAGAUACCUUUAGGUUCUUGAUUGUUGCAAAGCACAUAGAAUCAAAAGAUUAUACUUUCAGAAUAAACUUUGAAGCAGAUAAGACACGCAUUAUUGUAACUAACAAAGGAUUAUUUGUAAAAGAAGGAGAAGAGAAAUUAAUUACAAAAUCGGAAUUAUUUGCUCAAACACUGGACAAUCGGACCUUCCAAUAUAAAAUCACCAGGAGUCCUCAACAUGGAAAGCUGAAACUGGUUAACUUCUCAGAUCCUCUGGGAAGUCAUGACAGUAUCACUGAGUUCACUGAUCAAGACUUAGAGGGUGAGCGGCUGAUGUAUGUCCAUGAUGACUCCGAGACUCAGUGUGAUGAAUUCCUCCUUGUGGCCUCCACUGCAGGACCAGGCCAGGAAGGAGUGGUCAGGCAUCUUGACACAGAACAUUUAUCUAUAGAAAUCAAAGUUGCCAUUUCUGUAGAGUUAAGGAAUGAUGAGAAACCAGUGCGUGUGGUAGAUAAGGUCUUUCAUGUCGUGAGGAAUGGCCAGCGCCUACUGACCCUGGCAGAUCUCUGUUACCAUGACCCAGACUCAGAUUUUGAUGAUGGGCAGUUGCUCUACACCCGGCGGGGCAUCCCAAAUGGGGACUUGGUGAGAGCCAGUGAUCCCACUCAGAAACUCUACCAGUUCAGGCAAGAUGACCUGCGCGAAGGGCGAGUGCUCUUCAGGCAUAAGGGAGCCGACUCCGCCCGCUUUGUGCUGUUUGUGACAGAUGGUGUCCAUUACACAUCAUCCCUUCUUGAGGUCACUGUGUCAGACCCUUACAUCCAGAUAGCCAACAACACGGGCCUGGUUGUACAAAGAGGAGAGGGCAGCAGCCUCACAGCAUCUAACCUCAGUGUUACCACAAACCAAGAUGUUAGAACAGACCAUGAGAUUGAAUUCCACAUGCUGCAGCCCCCAAAGCAUGGCAGAGUGCUGGUCAACCACUCAGUGUCCCACACAUUUUCCCAGCAUGACCUGAAGCAAGGACAUGUGAUUUAUAGGCAUGAUGGCAGUGGCAAGUCCGAUAUGUUCAACCUGAGAGUGAAAGUUAAAGAGAUCUAUGUAGAAGUGAGCGUCUACGUACAAGUGUACUCAGAAAGUCACCAACGUCACGCUCAAAUUCUGCUCAUCAAGACCCUUGUAGUUGAAGAAGGAAAACCAGUAAAACUGAGUCGAGGAAGACUCCAGGCUGUCCACGAAGAUAAUAUUCCUUCAGAGGCAAUGUUCACCAUCAGAAUUCCGCCAAUGCAUGGAUACCUCCGGAAAUCUUUACCAGAAGAAGGCAGCUUGGGUGGAGAUGCAAAGUCCCCUCUGACUUUUACACAACAGGAUAUUGAUGAUGGGGAUAUCUUUUAUGUUCAGACAGUUCCUGGCCAACAACAGGACCGUUUUUUACUGGAUGUGGUGAAUGGUUUCCAAGCUGUGAAUGGAAUUGAAAUCUUAGUGGAUAUUGUCCCUAAGCAGAUUCCUCUGGAGGUACAAAAUUUCACAGUCCAAGAAGGUGGUUCCAAAACACUUCUGGAGGACUAUCUCAAAAUUCCAAACAAAUAUUUUGAGGGAGUUGACUGUGAAUUUGUUCUCCUCAAACCACCAAAACAUGGUUAUGUUGAAAAUUCUAAUUUUCCAAGAGUAAAGCUAAUGAAGUUUACCAGGAAACAGGUGGAAAAUGAAUUGAUUUAUUAUGUGCAUGAUGAUAGUGAGGAGCUUCUCGACAAUUUCACCGUCUUUGCAAAUAGCUCAGAGCUUGGAAAACAGAGCUUGCCCCAAACUCUUUUUGUAACUGUGGAAUCGGUAAAUGAUGAGGCUCCAGUAAUAACAGUGAACAAAAUCCUUCAGGUGUGGGCUAAUUCUGUCACUGAGAUUACCAGAGGUGACCUCUGUGCAGAAGAUAAGGACUCCUCCCCCCAGGACCUCACCUACUGGGUCACUCCACCCAGCAACGGGCAUUUGGCUCUCCAGUCCUUUCCUGGCCAAAGCAUCCAGAACUUCACCCAGGCUCAAAUCAACAAGGGCCAGCUCAUAUUUGUACACACUGGAGCCAUGUCAGGAGGCUUUAAUUUUCAGGUUACUGAUGGUUUGAACUUUGCACCACGACAAAUUUUUAGCAUCACUGCUCGAGCCCUGACUCUUAGCUUAGAAGUAAACCGAGGAUUGAGCAUCUUUCCAGGUUCCACGAAACCCCUUUCAUCUGGUGACCUGAGAGCUGUGACCAAUGACGCAGACAGCAAAGGAAACAGAACUGUAACUUUUACGGUUAUAAGUGCCCCUAGACUGGGGAGGUUGGUGCGAGUAAAUUCUGAUAACAGCACAGAGGAUGUUUCCGUGUUCACACAGAAUCUGGUCAGUGAACAGGUCAUAUUAUACCAACAUGUGGACCGUGAAAACACUGGCUGGACUGCAGAAGACUCUUUCACGUUUACGACAUCCUCUCCACCAGCAGCUCUAAGUCCUGAGGAGUUUCAUAUUACUAUUUCAUAUGAAGUUACAGAACCAGGUCGGCAGAGUCGUCUGCUUGCAAAUACAGGAGCUUUUGUCAAGGAGGGAGGCAAAGUUCUCAUUGACCAAUCUAAUUUAGAUGCUUCCAACCUCUUACUGAAGUUGCCCAAAUCUCAGCGAUCUUCCUAUGAAAUCUGGUUCCAGGUUAUAUCUCUUCCUCAUCAUGGAACCAUUAUCGUUGGAGAGAGGAAUAUUACCAAAGGAAAACCCAAUUUCUCCCAGUAUAUAGUUAAUAAAUUUGGAAUCAUAUACCUUCAUGAUGACUCUGAAUCACUGGCUGAUAAUUUUACUUUUGCCGUUUGGCCAAAACAAAAGAGCAAGUCCAUCACCAAGCCAGAGACUGACUUCCUUGAAGAGAUGUUUAACAUCACUAUCUCUCCUGUUAAUGACCAGGCACCAGAAAUAAAGACAAAAGGGCUUCGGUUGAAAGUUCUGCAGGGAAAUAGGUUGGUUGUAGGACCUGAAAACCUAAGAGUGGAAGAUCUAGACAGCCCUCCAGAGGAGAUCAGAUAUAUGAUCAUCCGUAGUCCUAAUAAUGGCUUUUUGGCAAUGGCUCACCAUCCAGACAUACCUAUUCACCAUUUCACGCAAGCCGACAUUGAUAACUCUCAGGUAUGGUUUGUACAAGAUGGAAGCCCAUCCUCGGGUGUGUUUUACUUUAGUGUGACCGAUGGCCAACACCGCCCACUCUAUAAGCUCUUCCACCUGGAUGUCAUUCCCAUCUCCAUCACCCUUGUGAACCUCACUGACCUACUUCUCCCACAAGGCCAGACAACUGUCCCCAUCACCAAUAUUCACUUGUCAGCAACGACCAAUGGGAGAAGCCCCCAAAUCACUUACAAGAUGACAUGGCCCCUCCAACAUGGGCAUCUGCUCGUUGAAAACCAGAAGGUCAUCAGCUUUGGGCAGGAAGAUCUGUAUUCAGGGAGACUCUUUUACCAUAUGACAAAUCUCACUGCCUCAGAGGACCAGCUAUAUUUCUCACUAUUUACAUCAGAAAGCAACUUGACUGGACAAAUGCUGAACAUCAGAGUGCAGCCUUUACUGUGCGUUAUGUCAAACUUGACAGUUACCAACAGAGAGGUUUAUCAUCUGAAAAGAAAGGACCUUGAUGCUACCGAGCUUGCUAAUAGGACUAACAGUGAUCCCAAAUUUGAAGUGAUAGCAUCCCCUGCUCAUGGAAGACUUGUACGAAGAGUAGGCCAAGGCAUGGCAAUAGAAAACACUACUCUAUUCACUCAGAGCGACAUUAACCAAGGGUUGUUGAUGCUUCAUCCAUAUGCCAACCUAACAGGCAUCGAUAUGCUAAAUGACUCCUUCACCUUCUUGCUCAAGGCAGACCAUGUACAGCCAGCAAUAGGUUAUCUUCCCUUCACCAUAGUGCCACCUGACCCCCUCUGUCUGCAAACCUUUACCCCUGAUGUUUCAUUAUUGGCUACUGCAGAUAAUCUUGUGACUUCAGAUCAUUCUCAAGAGAAGCCCGUAGUUUCCUCAGGACCCACAGCAAAGACAGAAACUCUGGGGAAGCUGACCCAGACCAUGCAGCAGGAAGCAGAUCCAUGGGGACAACACCAUGGUGAAGAGCCUACUCUGGAUGGCAAGACUUCUCUAACCAGGGUCAUUUGGCCACCAGACACCACCAGUGCCAGUCCUGGGGCACCCACCGAGCCCAGGGAGAAUAGUUAUCCUCUAAUGGUCAUUGUACCCUUGGCUAUGGUGGUCUUCCUGCUGAUAGUAACUGCAGUGGCCUUGUGUGUCUGGCUGCUGGGCCAGAAGGUAGAAAAGACAAAACCUCUUAUCAAGCCCCAGACCAGUCUGGAACCUACAACCCCAAGUCCUAGGCCAGAAAGGAGCAUAACUGUACCCACUGUCACAGUGACACCCCUUCUAAAAAGCUGCAGCAGUCCCCCAGUCAGUCUUUUCAGGGACCCACAAAAUGAGCAAAUGGCUUCUCCAGCUACUGAGCCAGUGGAGAAAUGUGCUCCUUGGGAGACAUGGAUGAAUCUGGAUCCUGAUAUGGUCAACCUCUGCCGACAAACCAACCCAACACUGAAGCACAACCAGUAUUGGGUGUAGACUAAGUGCUCUUGUCCUUGAUUGACCACUUACUGUACUGGGAUAGGCACAGAAAUGUUGGGAUGUGAUACAAAGGCAAAGAUGUUGGUUGGAUCAACUGAGAAAAGUCUGGCCCUGCCAGUCACUCAGUGCUCAGUUAUGGCCCCAUGGCUAGAGGUGGACGAGUGUUUAUUGUAACUCAUACAACACUCAUCUUAUGGGCUCUCCACAAUGAACUUUGCCUCCUUCUGGACCUGACUCUGAGUAUAAGAUUUUGUGAAUUUUUGAACCCUUUAUCAAGGUGCUACCAAACAUGAUGGUCCAACUAGGAGCAGCAGUAUUAACUUGGGUGCUAGAAUUAAUGGUGGAAGGCUUUGAAUAUUUUUCAGUAAGGAUUCACUCUCUCUAAGUGAGUCAGCAAGAAAAUAUAGGAAUUGUAUCAGCAAGCAGAAAAGGUAACUUAUCAAAUCAGCAACUUUGCUUCUUAUGUAUUUCUGUAAUGUCUUUUCCUCCGUGGAGUCUCUAGACUUGACUUCCCAUGGCAGGAAAUGCCUUGGUGCUCUAGAUAGUAGGACAAUCUGACUCCCUUUGAAAGCAUUCACUGAGCAUAUUGUGUUUCCUCAAGAGGCUUUGUCUAUUCUGAUUUGCAAAAACACAUGUGUAGUACAAAUAUGAUUCAUGAUUUGAAACCUUAAUGAAUAGAAAAGUCUGUUAAAUGUUUUGUGAUGCCUUAAUUUGGCUUAACUUUACAAUGAAUUGAAAAAAAUGGCAAAUUUGUAUUUGACUUCUCUGGUUGAGCCUACUAUUGGCAGAUUCAAGCUUCAGUUUCUAUAGUUGUAAAAUGAAGAUACCAGAACUAAUAUUAGUUAAGAGUGCUUUGGGUUGCAAAUCACAAGACAUUCGCUAUGAAUGGUUUAGAUUGGGGAUUGGCAAACUUUAUCCAUGCAGGGCCACGUAGUAAAUAUUUUAGACUUUGAGGGUCCCAUUUGUUUAUUUUUAACAACCUUUGUUUCUUAACAACCUUUUAAAAAUAUAAAAAACAAUUCCUAGUUCCUGCAUUUGACCCGUAAAUCACAGUUUGCAACUAUUGAUUUGGCUAAGCAAUAAAAGUGUUGAAUUAUUUCAGCUAAUAAGCAGCCUGAGGUGGGCAUUCCAAGGCUGAUUCAGUGGUUCAAAGAUGUCAUCAAGGACUGAAGCCCUUUUGUUCCUUCUGCCCUACCUUCCUCAAGCUGUUGUGCAUUUCUUUUUUUUUUUUUUUCUUUUUUUUUUUUUUGCUUAGUUCCUUGGGAUUAUGAGGGACUGCUAAUGUUCCUAGCAGUACCAUCACAUUCAAGACAGACACUCUAGUGGGGAAAAAAAAAAAACAGAUAUGAAAGACUUUUUUUUUUAGAGAGGAUCUUAUUUAUUAUUAUUAUUAUUUAAUCUUAUAAGGGGAGGCCUUCUCAAACAUUUCCCCCUUUUAUGUCUCAAUCUAGAAUGGGGAAAUGGGCAAAAGGGAAUGGAAUUCUCAUGACUAAUGAUCUCUCCUGGGGCUGGGAGAAGAUUCUGCUAUGUCAGAGAUCAGUGGAUGAGCCCACCAUAUAGUUACAAUAGGAUUUGCUAAAAUAGUCUUCAAAUAUGAAAUACUUGGGAAAUAAGAAUUUUGAUCUUUCAAAUGGAUGUCUACUUUAAUGUCUCCUUUUCAUAUUUUAAUGAUUUUCUAAAAACCAGUGGCUAGUGUUUCUAGGGUGGAAGGAAGAAUUGCCCCUGGAAGGGGGCCAUUUGGCAGGGUCUGAAGACAUUUUUGGUUUUCACAACAGGUGUAGUUGGCAUCCAACAAACAAAACUGGAGGGAGGACUCAUUUCUUUAUAUUCCUUGAUAAAGGAAAAGGUUUUACCUUGUACUAACAGGUGGAAUACAUCAGGAGACAAUAAAAGAAGGGAGGUAGGAUAUUUACAAAGGUAAAGAUGAGGUUGAGGUCAAAGGGUCCCCAGAAGUCGAAUGCCUCUGAUACGUUCCAUGUGGACAAGAAUUUUUUCUCAUCCUUUCCCUUUUCUGCUCCUCUAGGUUGCUUUUCUGUCCCAACCCAGUUUUAACUGUUCUUUGUGGAAACAGACUUCAUAAUCUACAGAAUAUAUGAAAGCAUAGCAUACUUGGGCCUAGAAAUAACUACCCAUGUAUUAGAUCCCUGGCUCUAACGCUAUGGACAGCUGGUACUAAAGAAAACUUCUCUUCUCCCUAAAGUGAUUUUCUCCUGUCUUUCUGUAUUCCUGAGUUAUAUGUAGCCCCUUUUAAGUGUUUUCAUACUUGACCCUUUUAGAAAGGAGGAGGACUGAGAAUCUUAACCCAAGGUUGAUUUGAUCACUAUGCAACUCAAAAUUAUUCUUAAGCUUGUUCUAAGCAGCAGAGUAUUCUGAAGGAACAGAAUAGCAGUGUGUACUUGAGUCUGCACGCAGAAAGGUAAGGUUAAGGAACAUCUUUGCAUCCAGUAAGCGGAUUUUGUUUUUUCUUAGCUGGGCAAGGAGAAUGCCUCUUCUUUGUGGAAGAGCCAGAUAUAGUUGGCUCUAUGACCAUGUUGGCCUCUUCCUUGCUUUGACUAUAAGAUCUGUGAAGUUAAGAUUACCAGCCUGGCCAAACAAAAAAGUCCAAUUUCCCCUUCUCUUUUCCUUUUAAUUCUGCAACUUUAUACAAAUAAAAUUAGUGUCCGUGUUGGAAUGAAACAGACACUGAUGCUUUGAAAUGAUAAUGCACAUUGUGAGUGUGUGUGCUAGAGCGGGAACAUCAGCAUGAGAUCCAGAUGUCAAAACUCAGUAAUUAGUUGAGUAAUUAAUAUAGAACUUGGAAAGUUUUCUUCCAGAACAUCUAGAAUAUUCUUCUGAUUUACAGAUGGAUUCAAUUAAAAAAAAUGCCUACCUUUUGGUGCUGGCUCAAAUAUAAAACUAAACAAAAAGCUUUGGCAAAUCCUUGUUUAGUGUUGAAAAUUAAAGUUUUGGGAAUUGAAAAUCAGUUUGAAAUGGUUUCUCCCAUACACAGAGCUACAACUGCAUAGUCUCUGUCAUAAUGAAUUCAGUACCACUUAACAGGUGGCCAGACCAUUAAUAAGUGGAUACCAAAGGUUAAUGUCAGAAGAAUGGCUGAUUUUUGCUUAAAAGAAGGUAUACCUUGGGAUGGGCUGGGAGUGAAGGGUCUAACACUUUUCCAUAUCUGUAGGCAUUGACAAAUUCUAAUCUUUCAGGGACCCUGGUCAAACACCUGGUGCGCUUCCUUAGAGUCCUUCAUUAAUUAGGUGGUGUGGGACAGGUGCUAUCCCUACUCUCUGGUUUUUCAGAUUUCCAGGACUGUAGUAGACACAUUUGGAGGGUGGGUGUAGGUAAUGGAAGGUGAUGGAAAAAAUCAGAUGAUAUUCCCCAAGUUUGACAAUGGGACUGUGCUAUGCACCUCUUGUAUCUUUCAGUAGCAUUGUUAUCAAUAAUGAGUUUGAUGUUGGCCAUGUAUAGGGACAGAUGUCGGGUUGAAAGUGGGCAUGGGGUCUACUGUGAGGCAUACUCAAUGAUGGAACCUUUGGCUUGGAAGCUGAAGAACACCACUGGCUGCUUGACAGAGGCCUGGAAGAGGCUACAUUCUCAUAACGAUUGGCCAACAUUUAUUAGGCACCUACUGUAUGUGAGCAGUACUAGAUACUGUUCCUAGAUACUGAAGAUGCAAGAUGUGGUCCUGAAAGAAUCUUUCCGGUCUGUUUCCUCUAGUAGGUUCUUCCAGAAUCACAUAAGGAGUGCCAGUAGAGAGGAUGGUAUAGGAAAAGAUGUACAAAAAGAACUAGAGGUCAAGAAAGGGCUUUGUGUUUUCACUUGAAGCGCUUUUAAGCCAGUACUGCCCAUCCAGCAGUAUAGUGAGAAAUGAGGGAGCUUUCUGACCCACUAAGCACCACUUGGUACCAUCUGUCUCUCUAGGUGCCCCACCAGGCCCAGUGACACUGCAUCUGCUUUGGACCCUGGCUCUCGGCUUCUAAGCGGUGUGGCUUUGAGUAACAUAUUCAGCAUCUCUGAAUUUCAGUUUCCUUGGCCAAAAAUUGAGGAUAAUAUUAGCACCUACCUACCUGUUUGGGUUUUGUUAGGAUUUAGUGAUGUUAAUAUCAUCAUCUUCAUCAUCAUCAUCAUCACCAUUGUCAUCAUUCAUCUUCAUCUUUGUACAAUAUUCUCAGUGCAUCAGGCACUAUACUAACUGCCACAAAAAAUUGUCUUACCUACAGUUUUAAUGCAUUUUAAAAGAAUUAAUGGGUUCUUUAAAGGGUGCCUCAGUGGCAAGUUGAGGCCUCAAACUCUUGGCUUCAGCUUCACGUCAUGAUCCUAAGGGUUGUGAGAUUGAGCUCUACAUCAGGCUCCAAACUCAGAAUGGAGUCUGCUUGUCCCUCUCUCUCUGCCUCUCCCACUCAUGCUUUUUCUCUCUCUAAAAUAAGUAAAUCUAAAAAAAAAAUUUUUAAAAAAUAAGUAAAUCUUUUAAUUAAUUAAUUAAUUAAUUAAAGAACUAGUGCAUUAAAUCACUUAAGUAAACCAGAGGCUAUUCAUAUUCUACCCAAAGCAGCAGGUUACUGGUAGUAGAAUUUCAGUGGAUGAUUUAAGGAUAGAUGACAUAUUCUUUAGAGGAGCUUCCCAAAUGCUCAUGUUCCACUGGGCAGGGAAUCUUUCCCCUUCAUCCUUGAAUGGAGCUUUGGCAAGAAAAUGGAUGAAAGAAAGAGCAUGUCAGGAACACUUGCAAGGGCAGCCCGGAUCUCAGAGGUUUUGAUGGUUCUCUAUCUUAUAUGGGGUUCUGAACUUAUGAUGAAAAACCCUGCUUUGUUCCCUUCCUGUCCCAACAGGUUCAAAACCCUACAUCAAUUAGGCCUUUGAUUUUAAACCUAUAUCCCUUCUCCCACCUCCCAUCACAUUAUUCUCAGUCAUUCAUAGACCAGUGAUUUUCUUUUUAAGUCCAAGACAAGGAUUGCCACUUAAAAAUAUUAAUAUCAUAUCUUACCAAAAUAAAAAGUCUUAUUUACCAUCACUAUAAUUUCAUUUCUUAAGGACAAAGUCUUAUAAUAAAGAACUUUAUGGGAAAAAAAUAAACAGCUUUAUGAAAAAUUUUCUCCUUUGCCCAGAUUUGACCAUGGCUUGGAAAAACUCAGCACACACCAGCAGAGUCACGAACCCCCAUUGAGGCUUCACUUAUAGUUACGUGGCCAGAGCUGACGGAGAGACAGGGAAGAGAGCUCCUCGAUGUUGGUGUUUCUUCGGAAGAUGUGGUCAGGUGUCCCUGGGAUGUGUGUGUGUCUGUGUGUCUGUGUGUCUGUGUGUGUGAGGUGAGGUGAGGUGAGGCAUGGGGAUGAGGAGUAACUUGCUAUUUAAGAGUCCAGACAAGGCCAGCUCCUGGGCAUAUGCAACCAGUGCAGCCACACAGGGCUCAGGAGCACUCUGGGCUUGGCUUAAGGCUCUGCUGUAACCAUCUUGAAAUUCCAAUAAUUUUUUAACAAAGCGCCCACAUUUUUAUGCCUCACUGGGCCCUGCUAAUUCUGUAGCUGAUCCUGAGAUGUCACAGAACCUAGUGGAUGAUUGCAUCAGACAUCUCUUAAGCAUUGCUUCAAAUUCUCUCAAUUUGGCUUCUUCCUCCAGCUACGACUGUGGCUACCAGUUCUGAGCAUAUGUACAGCUGCCAAUGAAUGUACAGUGUUCCCCAAGUCCCUCUGUCCCCAUGCCUGUGGGAACCUGUGCUUGCACAACCCAGAAGUGGGAGAGUUACUUCCCCACUUACUGCCCUUACCCAGCAGCAAAGAGAAGCUGAGGAAUAAAUACUUCUUUUUUUCAACCCAGGGGUAAACAGUUCUAAGAUGCAUUCUGUGAGGCUUCUCAGAAUGUCCUAAAGAUUAAAGACAAAUCAAGACAAAUCACAUGGGUGUGUGAACAUUCUUCCUCCCUAUGUAUUAACCCUUGCUCCUGUUCCCACUCACAGAUGAGCCUUUGCUGUAAAGGAAACCCAGGCUAGGACAAUAGGCUAAAAUCUAAUUCUCCUUGUAUCAUGUGCCCUGGGACUAUGAGCCCUACUGCUAGGGGUCCACUGCCUCAUGGUUCAGUUAAUUCUGGGUUACUUACCUUGAGGCCUGCACCCAGUGGGAUCCCUUUGGUCACACAGCCCAGGUCUACUGGGACACUGCUGUCUGCUGGGAGCCAGGAGGCCUUGUAGUAGUGGCAGACCCUAACCAGAGGCUGUUUUGGGAUCAACCAAAGAGGAGCCAGGGCUUUACCAAACCACCAUCUAGUUAAAAAUCUCACGCUUCAUUGUAGGUUCUCUGCUGGUUGUGUUGGGUUUAAAAAACAAUAACUCAUUAACCACAACUUUUAGCAAGACCAAAUUUACUGCAUUUUGUAAUAUUUGAGAAAUGGUCUUCUGCAUUUCAUUUCAGCACUGCUCAUGGCUCCUCAAAGUAAAGACUACCUCAGCGUUUGUUUUGGUAAGGCUUUAUUGAAAUAUUAUUUACAUACCAAAUAAUCUACUCAGGAUAUACAAUUCAAUAGUUUUUAGUAUUUUCAUGGAGCUGUGCAAUCAUGUACAUGGCCAUUUGUACAUCUUCUUUAAAGAAAUGUCUAUUUUUUACAUUUAAAUUCAAUUUGCCAACAUGUAGUAUAACAUUCAUUUAUACUGAAUGUCAUCUGAAGAUCAUCACAUCACCUCCUCUCCUUAAUGCCUGUCACCCAGUUACCCCAUCCCCCCACCCACCUCCGUUUCUACAACCCUUUGUUUGUUUCCCAGAGUCAGGAGUCUCUCAUGGUUUGUCUUGCUCUCUAAUUUUUCCUCACUCAGUUCCCUCCUUCCUUUAUGGUCCCUUUCACUAUUUCUAUUUCUUACAUUAUUCAUAUGAGUGAAAGGAAACAUCUAUUGAGAUCCUUUGUCCAUCUUAAAAAUUGAGUUAUUUGCUGUAAGAGUUAUUUACAUAUCAUGGAAAGUAAUCCUUGUCAGAUAUGAUACUCAAAAUUUUUCUCCCAUUUUGUGGGUUGUCCUUUCACUUUUUUGUUGAUGUCCUAUAAAACACAGACCAUUUUAAUUGUGAUGUCUAUCUAUUUUUUUCUCUUGUUGCUUGUAUUUUUGGUCUUGUAUCUAAGAAACCAACUCCUAAUCCAAAGUCAUAAAAAUGUAGGUCUCCACUUUCUUUUAAGACUUUAUAGCUUUAGGUCUUAAAAUUCUCUCUUUGAUUCAUUUUAAGUUAAUUUUAAUAUAUGGUGUCUAUGGUAUGAAGUAGGAGCCUAAGAUCGUUCUAUUGUGUGUGGCUAAUUAGUUGUCCCAAGACUGUUUGUUGAAAAGACUGUUCUUUCUCCCAUUUAAUUGUCUUUACUCCUGUAUCAAAAAUGAGUUGACCAUAAAUGUGAGAAAUUAUUUCUGUGCUGUCAAUUCUAUUCCAUUGAUUAUCUAUAUAUGUAUCAUAUAUCACAUAUAUGUCAUAUAUAUUACAUGUAAUAUGUGUGUGUGUGUGUAUACACACACACACACACACACAGUCAUACCAGUACCACUUUAUUUUGAUUACUGUAACUUUGCAGUAACUUUUGAAAUUGGGAAGUGAGUUCUCCAGCCUUGUUCUUCUUUCUCAAGAUAGCUUUGGCUGUUCUGGGCUCCUUUAAUUUCCAUACAAACUUUAAAAUCAGCUUGUCAAUUUCUGCAAAGAAGGCAGCAAAGAUUUUGAAAGAGAUUGCAUUGAAUCUGUAGAUAAAUUUGAGGACUACUGUAUCUUUUUUAAAAAAUUAUUCAUUCAUUUAUUUAUUUUCAGUAUAGUUAACAUACAGUGUUGUAUUAGUUGCAGGUGUACAAUACUGUGAUUCAGCAAUUCUAUACAUUACUCAGUGCUCAUCAUGAUAUGCAUAUUCUUUAAUUCCCAUCAGCUAUUUCACCUACCUUCCAUCUGGCAACCAUCAGUUUGUUCUCUGUAUUUUAGAGUCUAUUUUUUGGUUUGUCUCUUUUUUCCUUUCUUCAUUUGUUUUGUUUCUUAAAUUCCACAUAUGAGUGAAAUUACAUGGCAUUUGUCUUUCUCUGACUGACUUAUUUUAUUUAGCAUUAUACCCCCUAGGUCCAUCUAUGUCAUUGCAAAUGAUGAGAUUUUGUUAAUUUUAUGGUUGAGCAAUGGUGAGUCUUCUGGUCCAUGAAUAUGGGAUGUCUUUUCAUUUAUUUAGGUCUUUUAAAAAAUUUUCCCCUAAUAAUGUUUUGUUGUUUUCAGUGUAUAAGUCGUGCACUUCUUUUGUUAAAUUUAUUUCUAAAUAUUUUGUUCUUGGUGAUGCUAUUGUAAACUGAAUUAUUUUCUUAAUUUUUGUUUUGUUUACUGCUAGUGUGCAGAAAUACGACUGAUCUUUGUAUAUUGAUUUUGUAACCUGCAAGUUUGUAGCAGCAUUUUUAUUUUGUUUCUUAGUGGAUUCUUCAGGAUUUUCUAUAUACAAGAUUAUUUCAGUUGCAAAUACAGAUAGUUUUAUUUCCUCGUUUCUAAACUAGAUCCUUUUUAUUUCAUUUUCUUUCCUAAUUACCCCUGCUAGAAUCUCCAGUACAAUGUUGAAUAGGAGUGGUGUGAGUGGACUUCCUUGUCUUGUUCUUGAUCUUAGGGAGAAAGCUUCACUGUCUUGUCAUUAGGUUAUUGCUAAUUGUAGGUUUUUUUGUUGAUGCCUUUUAUCAGGUUAAGGACAUCUCCUUCUGUUCUUAGUUUGUUGAGUGUUUUCAUCAGGAAGGGAACUGAGUUUUGUCAAAUUUUUUUCCUGAAUCUAUUGAGAUGAUCAUGUGGUUCUGUAUUUUAUUCUACUGGUAUGAUAUAUUACAUUAAUUGAUUUUUUUUUUUAGAUAUUUAACCAACCAAUCUUGCUUGGUCAUAGUAUAUAAUCUUUUAUAUAUAUUGCUGGAUUCAGUUUGCUAAUGUUUUUUGAAGAUUUUGCAUCCUGUUAGCACUCUUGUUAAUAAGCUUCUCAUUUCAGGGGAAUGAGCUCAAACAGAAGAACGUAUAUUGAAUGGAAAUCAAACAAGUUUAAUCUGGGAAGUUUUUUUUUUUUAAGAUUUUAUUUAUUUAUUUGAAAAAGAGGGGAGUGAGAGAGAGCACAAGCUGGAGGAGGGGCAAGGGAAGAGGGAAAAGCAGAUUCCCCACUGAAUAAGGAGCCUGGUGCAGGACUCAAUCCCAGGACCUUGGGAUCAUGACGUGACCUGAAGGCAGAUGCUUAACCGAUUGAGCCAACCAGGUACCCUAGGAAGGUUGGCUUUAUUGUGGAAUAGAAAUAGAAUGAGUUGGGGCAUUUGAAAUGUUUGAACCUGUGAAGAGAAGCAGAAAUAUUUCAUCUUGGUUUUGUGCACAGAUCAUAUUUGGAAAGAUAACUGGCAUUUGAGUAGGCCUCUGGGACAGGAAAAUCCACUAGAACUAUACUGGAGAAGUUGACCAUGCAUUGUUCCACCUUAGGAGGCUAUGUCUGCUGCUGGCCCUAUCCCAGCUCACCCGAGAUGAUUGUUGAGGUUUAGGUCGUUCCAGCAAGCGGGAAGAGCCGGAGGGAUCAUACAAGCUUUGUUUGCUUUGAAGAUGGAUAUCCUAGCAUCACAGGAUGUUAAAAGGGAAGAUUUGACAAAAGCAUCAAGUCAAGAGAUGCCACAGCUGGAUGUAAAAGGCUUUGCUAUGCUAAAAUAUUUUCAAAAGAAAUGACAGAAAACAGGCCAGAUGACUCUUAAACUCCUCCUCCACAUUCUGGGUGGAAGAGUCAGGAAUUGGAAACAGGUAAAGAAGAAUUUUAGAGCUGUUGUUUUGUUUGUUUGUUUGUUUUUGUGUGUUGUUUUGUUUUGUUUUGUUUUUGUCAUGAGUCCUACCCUUUUUCUUCCUUUAAGAAAAGAGAUGGAAGUGUCUGAACUUUUAACUUAAGCUUAGGGAAAGGGGCUUCAAGAGAUCUACAUUGAGCUUAAUAUAUGUUCCCUGCACCUGAGGAGCACAGAAUAGUCUAAAGUGUGAGUUGUUCCUGGAGAUUCAAUGAAACAGUUGUUUUGAUGAUACAAUGAAGAGGUACCCAUGACAGGAGGGAGGUGAGCCCUUCCAGAGUCUGUCAGGUCAAUAAUGAGUGACUAGAAGUGGAUCCAGAGAGCAAGCUGGCAUAAGGUCAUCUUAGGGCCAAUUAAGAGGGUGGCAUAGAGACUUAAGACUUAAGCAGAGAGAGAAGCUGAGGAACUCCUAGAUUUCUAGAAAAUGAGGGGGGAAAGGAAGUGACCAGCCAGAGAACACUUGCAUUUUGCCCUGCCAAGGAAUUGCAGUUAAGAGAUCUUCAAAAAUCUUUGAAGAACCAUGUCAAAGCUCAUGAGAAAAGUCACUUUAAGCUUGUGCAAAAACAGAGAUUACAAAUUCUAACUUUACAGGUAAGUAGGAAUGUUUCCUGGAGAGGCUGAAACCUGAUUAGCCAGAAGAAGAAAUGUGAGAGAAGAGCUACCCUUUUCUUCCUUGACUUGAGGCCCAAAUCAGAGGAGGGGAAGAAGGCUCAACUUAGAAGCAAAUUUGAAAUUUUGACUAAUAUAUAAGGCUGACAUUUUAAUGCUAAUCUGAAAUUGUAAUUUGUGACUUGAAAUGACCCUAAAAUUGUGUGUAUGACCCAAGAGUGACUAGAAAAUUCCUGAGAACUUCCCCUACCUGACUGAAAACAUAGUAGACAUGGACCCGCAUAGUUGAUUGAAAGGGUCAGUGAAAGACAAAAAUAAAGUUGUUUUCUUCUUAUA